AUGAUCGCAUCGAACAAUGGCCCCUCCUUUGCUCGUCUGAAUACCGCUGACGCUUCAACUACGCCUGAGAAGGCAAUCUCAUUCAUCGAACGCGACGGUGGAGUGAUCAUCGAGAACCUCAUCGGCCAGGACCUAGCCGAGCAAAUCAAGAAAGACCUAAAGCCUCAUUUUGAUAAAGAUAUUCCAGAUAAAUAUGGCUUCUUCCCAGCAACGACUCAGCGCGCAACGGGUUUGCUAGGUAUCUCUGACGCUUGCGUAGAGCUUGCCUGCAACCCAUUCUACAUAAGCGUUGCUAAUGCUCUUGUGUCGUCGACUUUCACCUUCUGGAGAGAUGACCGUCAAGUGACGGUCAGCGGGAAGCCAAUAAUUUCUUCCACUGUUGGAUUCCGUGUGAAUCCCGGCGGUACGCAGCAGGUGCUGCAUCGCGACGAUAACGACUACCAUCCCACCAAUGCAAUGAUGCCGGUUAUGAUCGGCUGUGUCACGGCGUUGACGAAGACAACGAAAGAAAACGGUGCCACCAUCGCGAUCCCUGGCUCACAUUUAUGGGGACCAGACCGUCGGCCACUGAAUGAAGAGGCUGUUCCCGCAGAGCUGAAGCCCGGAGACGCAUUCAUCUUCCUAGGAAACCUCUACCAUGCGGGUGGCUCCAACAUUACACGAGACGAAUACCGUGAAACAGUUGGAAUCUUUUUGUGCAAGCCAACACUGCGCCCUGCAGAGAACCAGUUCCUCAUGGUACCACUCGAAAGAGCCAGACAGCUCAAGCCGCAGGCUCAGAGACUGCUAGGUUAUGGGCUUUGUGACCCUGGAGUAGGCUUCAUGAACUACCAGGACCCAAUGAGGGUUCUUUUCGGGGUUGAGGAUGAAGAGACCAUCAACAUGUGA